AACGGCAGACGUCGCGGGCCAGUCACACACCGCACGUCGAAGCCUUCGCGUUAGAUGACGCUCCGCCGCGGCGCCAGUUCGUCACGCUUAUCGGUAUUACCAUACGAUUGUUAGUUGUCCCGCCUCUCAGAAUCUGCGACUCUGUUUACGGAGGUCUCUUUGCUACCGGCGUUCAGGACAAACUCAGGUAUUCUUAUAAUUUCUAUUUUUUAAGCUGAGUAGUGCGUGAAAGAGCCCAUGCUUUGAACGAUACGUUUAUAAGGAUAAGCUGAAUCAGCUCGAUGCCACUACAAUGGUGCACAAGAACGUAAUUUAGUGUCCAGGUUCUGACAUACCCCACGACCUAAAGCUAGACAUGCAGCUGCGACAGUACUUUUAAAUUUACUGCAGCAUGUAACGUUACGACAGGAGAAAGUUGAGGCCUGAUGGCAGCGGAAGGUAGCUGCGACGACCGGUCAGAGGGUCACGCUGAGCCUCGCACCCCGAUGCGGCUAGUGGAUCCACAGCUUCGAGAUGCGUCUGCGACAAAGCCGACGGAUCAAGCGGCAAAUGCACCAAAACAAGACGAACACGACCUCGUGUGUGGCUUGGCUGGGUGGACUCCCAGCUGGCUCCAACGCUUCGCCACUGUCAACACAUACACCUUGUUAUGGGGGCUGCUCGGCAUGGCCGAAAUAGCAAUUAACUCCUACCUCGGCGCUAUCAUCAACACCCUCGAGAAAUCCUUCGAGCUGACCACCACCACUUCAGGUUUGAUCCUGGCGGCUUUCGAGGUGUCGAUGUUGGUGUGCACGGUAGUGCUCAACUACCUGGGCAGCCGCGGGCACAAGCCGCGCUGGGUAGCCGCGGGUGCGGCGGUGCUCGGCGUCGCCUGCUUCUCGAGACUUGUCCUCUACCUGGCGCUGGGGCCAGGCCAACGAGCACUCGCCCUCACCAGGGAGCACGGCAUGCUGGAGAACCACCUGUCUAUCAACAGCACUGCUCCCGUGUGGCAGCUGUGCGGAGCCGCAGCGCCUGCCGCCGACUGCCCGCGUGACAGCGCCGCUGACGUCACAGCAGCGUCCGCGGUGACACUCGGCACACCGACGUUGCUGCUGGUCGCUUCUCAGCUGCUGAUGGGCGCCGGGGCCUCCCUGCCGGUGUCUCUGGGACUCGCCUAUAUGGACGACAACGCGCCCAGAAACAAAGCACCGCUGCUCAUAGCGGCGUCGCAAUUCGUGCGCAUGCUGGGACCGACGGUGGGCUACCUGUUGGCGUCUUACUCGCUGAGCAGAUUCGUUGCGCCUGGACUCACGCCCCUUAUCGACGACACAGAUCCGCGCUGGAUUGGCGCCUGGUGGAUCGGAUGGGCGCCGCUGUCGGCGUUGGCUCUGCUGCUGGCCGUGCCGCUGAUGCUGUUUCCCCGCGAGAUGCCUGCCACGCGGCAACGCUCGACCAAGUCGCCACGUCGAGUCCUGGAGAGGUCACUAGCCGACUUCUGGAAGAGUACACGGCGCCUUCUAGGUAACCGCCUUAUGAUGUGCAACACCUUCAGCAGUGUACUCUUCAUGUUCGGCAUGUCAGGCAGCUGGGCGUACAUGCCCAAGUACAUGGAGACGCAUUUCCACCAAUCCGCAUCCACCUCGAGCCUCGUAAUAGGGUCUUUCGGCCUGGUGUCGACAGCGCUGGGUCUGGCCGUAUCGGGCGUCGUCAUCUGGCGGUUCCAGCCGCGCCCUCGCUCUCUCGCAGCCUGGAAUGUCGUUGUCGAACUCAUCGACGCAUUUGUGCGUCUCAGCUGGGCCUUCAUCGGAUGUGCGGAUGACUAUACAUACGGCGCCCGGACGUCAGAUGGACGCUGGAACAUGACGUCAGACUGCAACAACGCCUGCUCCUGCGGACCACACGUGACUUUCUCUCCCGUGUGUGACGAGGUCAGCGGCGACACUUUCUUCUCCCCGUGUCAUGCCGGCUGCAGCGACGGCUACGUCAUCAAUGGUACAACGAUGUUCGGCAACUGCAGCUGCUUGCCGGGAUCUGGAACAGCGACGUCAGGUCCCUGCCCGACGGACUGCGCCUCGGUCUUCAUGGCCUUCCUCGUCACUCAGAGCGUCCUCCAGUGUCUGGAGGCGAGCGGACGCGCGGGCAACGCUCUGCUGCACUUCAGGUGCGUGGACGAGAUUGACAAAGCCCAGGCAGUAGCUUUUGCUGAGGCGAUGUUGACUGGCUUGGCAUACAUUCCAGCACCAAUAAUCUAUGGAAUGAUCAUUGACUCUAGCUGCUUGGUGUGGAGUGAGACGUGCGGAUCACGCGGCAACUGCUGGCUCUACGACACGGCCCGCAUGCGUCACGCCCCAAACCUCUUGGCGGCAGGUUUCCUAUUUUCGGGCACGUUUCUGGACAUUGGCGUGUGGUACUACGCCAAGGACGUACGGAUGUACGAUGGGGAUGAGAGUGUCGCCGGUGGAGAAGACAGUGACUUGAAACUGUCUACACUUGCCGCUGCACUGUCGUGAGCACAGCCUCUCCAGACGGAUCUCACUUCCUGAAGGACUAUCGCUGUCAACGAGAGGGUGCUGAUACAAAGUCUAGGGUCUCGUCCAAAGUGGAUUCCAAAAUCCCUUCCAGACUUUGAAGAAAGGUAAUGGUGUCUUGUGAGCUGACGGUUAUCACGAAUGAAUCCUUUAACGAAAAACUUUACGUUGUGACUCCCUCAAAAGACUGAUGUUCUUCUGCCCUUGUAGUACUGGUCAUCUGGAAGGGGGCUUCAUAACUUGCUUUCCAAACAAGCACACGCGGGUUCAACGGGCGAGUGAUGCGUGUCAAGGUCCACUUCAAACAACAGUUUAGUAAAUCAGUUUAAAUUUUUACACACAUCAGUUUCCAAAAUUUUUCCAACUUAUUUCAUUAAUCUAACAAUACCAGCUAAGAGUGUCAACAGUGGCAAGAUGAUCUACUUCAUACUUGUUUCCCUGAGAGAUGGCCUGGUGGACUCACCAGCUGCAGAAAGCAUUCCAGCUGGUAAUGGUGCCCAUUCAGACUGACGACGUCUCUGUUACAAACAAAAAGUCCGGCAUCUUGUAACAGAACCGUUUAAAUUUUGAUUGUUAAAUUCUGAAAUAACCUAUCAACCUAACCUUUGACCUAUGCGACCGUUACCCGAUGGUUAAGAGAAUCAGUUCUGGCAACAGAGAUGUUACAGCCAGCUUCGGCUGCUUGAUAGUAUUACACUCAGAAAAAUAUUAGCUUUGUUAUAAUCAAGAUCACUGCAAAUCUGCGCUUUGUUAAAUAAUAUAUUUUAUUAAACACAAUGGAAGCUAACUACCACAUUCGUUUACACAUUUCAUCAUGCACACUCUGAGCGUACUUCCUGUACUUCGAAAUUUUGUCACAUGCUAUUAUACUGAUGGGUACCUUUAGACCACUCUCCCCGCUGGCUGGCGCAGUUGUCGCGAACACAUAGCAUCGGAACUUAAUACUUUUAUAUUUGCUAUUUUGUAAAACAAAGUGUUUUUUAUCAUUAACUGGUAUUAUGAUAACGAUUUACUGAGGAUCAGUCCAUAGCGAUGGCGACGUACUUAGCCGACAUGACUUCCAAUACACCACGUCCCAUUACUCCACCUCAACAACGAUUCGCCUUCUAGCGCAGUGGCACUGAUCUAGCAUUAUCGACACUCAACAAUCGAUCGUUUUCCUAUUAGUGACAUGUGUAAUUGACUCAUCUCUAGGUAAUGGAUCAUGGAUCCCUUACCUUCCCAUCCUAAAAUACUUUUUAAAAGAAAAUAGAAAAUGUUAUUAAUUAUUACAAAAAAGGAAUAUAAAUAACAUUAGUUUAAGAAUGUUUACAAUGUUUUGUGGACAAAUUCCCUCCCACUCCAGCAGUGAAGUGCUUCUACACUAAUAUAUAGAACAAAUUAUAGUACAUUUUAAUAAAAAGGAAAUCAUUUUCACAGAUGAAUUGGUUUUGUUUCUGUUUUAUACUCAGUUGUAAAGAAUCGCUUCUCUCAAAAGUUAGCGGGAGAAAAAAAAAAAAAAAAAAAAAAAA